UUUUUUUUUCAAAACAGGCUUGCUUGCACUUGCUAAAGCCUAAGGCAAGGAUGCAAGCAUCAUCCUGUGUGGUUUGCCAGUGGCAACAGCUGAACCCAAAAUAGACUCCAGGCCGCUGAGCAUCACCACAGCGCAGAGCUGCUGGCUUGUACCUUCUUUCCAGCAUCCUUCUAGUCGCAGAGAGCAUCGAGGGGCUGGAGAGGCACUGGCCACAAAAAAAAGUUUCCAUUCAUCGACUGGCAUUUAUUACUAACUUCAAGUGGUUCUUCCACUGGGGAGAGUCCAGAACAGUCAUGGAAACCCUUGUGGGGGGCUAUAUAACGCCAAGGCACAGCAAGGGGCAGCAGGUAGGUCUAAGCUACCCCAAGCCAGCAAGAGCCAGGCUGCUGCUGGAGCCGACCGAGACCCAGCCUGGACAUGAAGGUCUUCUCCUUGGCCCUGGCUUCUGUGCUUCUCCUUGCUCUCUGGACUGAAACCCAGGGCAGGUCCUUCCGCAUCUCCUACACCACGUGCUGCUACCCAAAGAUGUUCAUCCGAAAGGCAAUCCUGACCUCCUGCAUCAAAAGCUACAGGGAGACAUCGCCCUCCUGCACCUACAGAGCCAUGCUCAUCGAGCUGCAGUCGGGGAAGAAAUUCUGCGUGGACCCCAAAGAAGCAUGGUUCCAGAAGUAUCUACAGAGACAAAAACAGACAUCAUCUAGACUUUAAGCAGCAGCUAACAUAUAUGCUAUUUAUUUACUUAUCUAUGGUUUGCAAUGUUUGGUCUCAUCUCAUUAACUUAUGGAGCAAGCCCUCACCAUCUGCUCCCCUCAUCCCCUGCAGUCACAUCACAUCCACUGCUCAACUCUACUGCAUUGCCCUCUACCAAUUUAAUAAAACACUCUGCUCUGACCUGCACAUCCAUGUCACUGAAGUGAGAAGGUGCACAUUCCUCUUGGGAAAGGAGGGCUCACAUCAGGGCUUCGCUUUCCUAUGGGGAGCCUAGAAAUAGCCUGCAAGACCUUAGGAGGGUAGAGCCACCAGA